GAGGAUGAUUCAUUGCUUGAUUGUUUGAGUUAAUAAUAAGUCAAUGUAGUUAAAGCGAACUGAUGAACAUAUGUAUUACUGCCCUGUAUUCAGUCAAAGUUUUGCAGAACUCGUGGAGUCUUCAGUUCGUCCUUGCACAUCGGAAAGCUGACUUUAACAAGCAUUUGUCUUAAAUAUCUGCCUCAGGUGCUGCAAUGGAGGAAAAGGAACCUCAGCAUCUCAAAAUCAGACGGGAAAUUGGAUUGCUUGGUGGUGUGUCCCUGGUUUCAGGAACUAUGAUCGGCUCUGGUAUCUUCAUGUCUCCUCAGUUUGUUCUGGCCUACAUAGGAAGUCCUGGGGCGAGUUUAGUGAUCUGGGCUGUCUCAGGAGUUGUAGCUAUGUUUGCAGCACUGUCCUACAUCGAGCUUGGGAUGAUUUUUUCUGAAUCUGGUGGGGAGUUCAUCUACCUACUGAAGAUUUACGGCUCAUGUCCUGCUUUCUUUGCAGCAUUCACUUUUGUCCUGGUUGUCAAACCGUUCGGUCAGGCAGCACUGUCGAUUGCCAUUGCUGAAUAUGCCACAGCACCAUUUUACCGAGGCUGUGACCCUCCUCAGCUGGUGGUGAAAUGUGUCGCUGCAGUUCUUCUAAUGGUUGUUGCCAUAAUCAACAUCUUGAACGUGCGUAUUGCCAUCAGAAUCCAGGUGGUCUUCCUUGUGGUCAAGGUUCUAACGCUGACGGCCAUCAUUGUGGGAGGCAUCGCAGAGCUCAUACAGAGUAGAACCAUCAUUGUGGAAAAUCUAAAAGUUGAGAAUUCCUUUAAAGGGACUCAGUACUCAGUAAGUGGUCUAGGGAUGGCUUUUUAUCAAGGACUCUGGUCUUACGCCGGUUGGUAUAACUUGAACUACGUCAUUGAGGAGCUGAAAAGACCAGAGGUGAAUCUUCCCAGAGCUCUUGUGAUAGCCGUUUCCAUGGUAACAGGUCUGUACCUGAUGGUGAACAUUAGCUACCUGACCGUUAUGACCCCUAGGGAACUCAUGUCCUCCACCGCAGUUGCAGUUACUUGGGGAUAUAAGGUGUUCGGAAGCUGGGGUUGGAUCAUGUCUGUGGCUGCAGCUUUGUCUGGUUUUGGUUCGCUGAACGGGGGUUUCUUAAGCAGCCCUCGUAUAUGCUUUGUCGCUGCAAGAGAAGGACACAUGCCAGAUAUUCUGGCCAUGGCUCACGUUCACAGAUUGACUCCGUCUCCAGCACUGAUCUUCACCACAUCCAUCGGCCUGCUCCUGCUGGCCUCUGGAGACUUCCAGAGUAUUGUCAACUACUUCAGCUUCACUUCCUGGAUUUUUUUUGGCAUCACUUUUUCUGGACUCCUGUAUGUGAAGAUCAAGAAGCCAGAGCUGCCCAGGGCAUACAGGGUUCCCAUUUUGAUCCCCAUAGUGGCCCUCAUUGCUGCAGUAUUUCUGGUGCUGGCACCCAUCAUAGACGAUCCUCAAAUCGAAUAUCUCUACGUGAUGUUGUUCAUCUUCAGUGGAGUUUUUCUCUAUGUGCCCUUCAUCCAUUAUAGGCUCUGCCCAGGCCUCUUCAGAAAAGUGACUGUGUUCCUGCAGCUGUUCUUAGAGGUCGCCCCAACAGAGAAGAACUUGUGAUUUUUAUGUAUAAACAUGUCAAAAUCCAGGAAUAAGAGACAGAUUUGACUAAUUUUGCUUCAGAAGCCAUUUACAACCAUGUACUUUUUUCAGUGAAAGCGUGAAAUGGCUUCAUAUGAGAACAUGUGUUUCAGUGGUUAAAGGUGAAAGUUCUCCAAAAGAAGCAGGAACUGAAGGUGGCUUGCAGUGAACAUAAUCCCACCAUGUGGUGGAAUCUGAAUUUCAGACUUCAGGAAGUCAUAGACGGAAAAUAAUUAAACAAGUUUUAGUGUUAUCGUAACAAAGUAUCCAUAUAAUAAAAGGGAAGUGGCCUCUGUGUGUUUGUG